GCAGCAAGAUGGACAAUUGUGGAAAUGGUGAGAGGAGCGGAUUGUGGAUGCGUUGAAGAUAGGCCGUGACAGGAGAAGGAAGGAGAUGGGAGCGGGAUGUGGGCGAGAACGUCGUCGUCAAAAGGAAUUUGGGAUAAAGCCGACGCAGCGAGAAGAGUUGUAGUCGCCGCUGCAGUCAUUGUGGCAGAAUCGAGAGAUGAAGUCGAAGCCAUCGUGGUAUAUUUGAGAGAUGAAGUCGUCGAUGUAACGAGAAGAGGUGUACUUGUUGUUGCAGGCAGCGUUGCAGAUUCGAGAGAUGAUAUCGUGGAUGUGGUGGGAAGCGUUGAUGUAGAGGGACUUGUCUUUGUAGUUGUAGUUGCAGGUGUAGUUGUUGAUGUCGAGGCAGUCAUCAUUGCUGUUGUCAAUGCAGUGAGAAGAGUUGCACUCGUUGUUGUAGGCAGUGUUGCAAACUCGAGAGAUGAAAUUGUUGACGUGGCGCCAAGCGACGAUGUUGAGGCACAUGUCUUUGUAGUCGAUGGUGCAACUGUAGUUGCCGAUGUUGAGGCACCAGUCUUCGCAGUUGUAGCAGAAGAGGCUGUGGCGGCAGUUGAUGGCGUCGCGAUUGUUGUGUUUGCAGUCGUGGUUGCAAGCAUUGACGCUGAUCUCGAAGACAAACUUGUUGAGGACGACAGUUUGGAUGAUGCUUUUGGUUUCUUCUGCGGCGACUUGUCUUCAUGGGCACCUGCAAGGCAGGAGCAAAUGGAAAGGGAGGAGAGCAGGGGGAAGAGCAAAGCGUACAUGGGCAGGGUCACCCACUCUAGUGAUCGCGAAGGCCGGACGAAUGGGGAACUCGCGUCUUUGCCACGGGAAAGAGGACGUGAUGUCGGUGACCGAGAGCAAGAUGCACGGGAGGAGGACCGGUCGAAGGGAUGGCAGGAUGCGACCGUGAAGGAGUCUGUUAUUUGUGACAGAGUCGACAAUCAGCCGUGUUCCGUUGCAAAGGCCGUUCCUCAUUGCGAUAUUUCGUAGGAGAAUGACGGGGGCAUAUUUUUUCAAGUGCAGAACGUGCGGGGGCAGGGAAGGAAGAUCCAAUGUGUUCAAACUGUCGAUUGGAAUAUCGGGGAAAUCUUCGUUAGGGAGUAGCGAGUCAGCACUGAGGGAGGUGAUGACAAGGCCAGGAAAUGAAUCGAGAAUGAUGUU